UGCAGGUCAGAUCAUCUUCGUCAUGUGAUUACUCACACUGCAGAGGAACCCUACGCGUGUCAAAUCUGUGCGGCUAGAUUUCGUCGGAGUUCUUGCUUAAGGCGUCAUGAGCGGACACACCAGAGGAAACCUGAGGAGUCCAAUGUCACCGUCAACUGUGAGAUUUGUGGAAAAACGAUAAAAAAUACCCGACGGAGAUAUCAUUUUCUCACCUUCCACAAUGGUCGACCUAAGUAUGAAUGUCUUAUUUGCCACCGAACAUUUGCACAUCCGUCAAUGCUACGUGGACACCUUAACAGUGUUCACAGUACGAAAGAACGGCCACGGUUUCCUUGUAGUUUUUCUGGUUGUGGGAAAACAUACCUGGACAAGAAACAAGUAUCCAAUCACUUUAGGAUGGAACACGUCCCAAAUCCUGUCCGAUUCACUUGUCCGUUUUGUAGAAAAGAUUUCAAAACUAGAAAUGAUCUUGAGCGUCAUAUUGGAACCCACACGACGGAAAGGCCUUAUCCCUGCCAAACCUGUGGGUCGAGAUGUACAUCACGUACCACUUUGAGGGCUCAUGAGCGUACCCACUUGGAUAGAUCGAUCAGGACAACUUUCAAAUGCCAAUUUUGUCCUAGUAACUUCCUGCACUACGGCACGUUGUGGAGUCACGUCAAGGCUUCCCACGAAAAUCGCCGUUAUCCCUGCAACAUGUGCGAUAAAGUAUACGUGACAACCAAUGACUUGAGGCGUCACGUUGCAUCCAAACAUUCAAACAAGUCGCCGCCUAAUUCUUGUGAUAAGUGCGAAUUCAAGAGUUGGAGAAAGUACGAGCUUUCCAUUCAUGUGAGGCGGGUGCACGACGGGGUGAAGAAUUACGAAUGCUAUUUCUGUGGAAAGUGGUUCUUUAGAUUUGCACAAUUAGUUGAACAUAGUCGCCGGAUUCAUACUCUUGAGAAAUAUUGCAGUGUAUGGAAGAACUAGUGGCAGAAUAUUUUCGCGCAAAAGUCACGUGCAUUUUUGAUCAACAUUGGGAGCGGGCUGAUUUUGAAUUUGAACUUGCCACUAGUUAUUCCAUAAUGGACCAUAGGGAUGGAUUAUUUAGUUUGAUGGACGUAAUUAUUUAUUCAACUAACUCUUAUUCUUAUUUUUGUAUCAGGCGACUUAAGUAAAUUUAUUUUUUCUGUACAAUUAUAAUGCAUUAGUAUUUAUUUAUAUAUUAAUUUAAAAAAUCUCAUUAUUUCCCCAUAAGGUUGAACAAUUUCAAUCAAGACGGUAAUAAUUUAAGUAUUACGUCAUCAUAAUGUGGAAAUUAUAGAAUUGGAAAUUUUCUUUGAUUCAAACAUCUAAAUAUUGUCAUCUACAUAUUUAUAAGAAAAUAACAAAAGCAGUUGACGGUGUGUGGAUUAUGUUCCCAAUUUUGC